GGGGGGGGGGUCUCGCCUCCGGUGUGACGGGUGUCGCUGGCGUUUGUUUCGCCGGCGAGGAGCGCCGGAGGCCGCGCAGGGCGCGGGCUGCGUGUGCGGAGCUGGGCGGGGCUCCUCGGAGCUGUAGGAGGAAUGACAAGCGUGUCACGGCGGUGACGAGUGUGUAACACCGAGAGCUGUAACAGCAAUAACAAGCGUGGCACAGCAGCACCAGCAGCUCGGCAUGGGCUGCGGUUCCCCGCAGCAUCCCCGUGCCGCAGCGCUUGCCCGUGUUCUGCCGGCCGUGGGCCCGAGCAGUCGUGGUGUUUCUAAUCCACGGGACAGUGCUUGAGAUCAUUUGGGAGUACCUGACGGCUGAUGGAGGUUUUAGUUCCUGCCAUUUCCGCUGAUCAAGCAGGCCGGGCAGCUCCUCCUAAAAACUGGGUUUUUCUCAGCAGACAAGACAUUAGUCUAGAUGCAGUAAAUUGUAAGAAAUGGAAGAAAGGAAGAUCAAGAGGAGGAGCCCCAAAUCAUCUUCCAGUCACUCUGCUCAGGUUGCUAACUCCAAGAAAAGCUCAGUGCCAGUCAGUAAAAGUACAGCCUUUUCCAACCCUGCCCCACAGCCUGCCGUACAAAAACCAAAGUUAAAACGUGUAAUCAAAGAGAAAGCCAAACCUCCAGGAGGUGAAGCAAAAGGGGCACAGGCAGCACCAAUUCAGCAUUCUUUUCUCACAGACGUGUCAGAUGUCCAGGAAAUGGAAAGGGGACUUCUGAGUCUCUUGAAUGACUUCCACUCUGGCAAACUUCAAGCAUUUGGAAAUGAAUGUUCCAUAGAGCAGAUGGAGCACGUGCGGAGUAUGCAGGAGAAACUCGCUCGCCUCAAUCUGGAGCUCUAUGGGGAGAUGGAAGAACUCCCUGAAGAUAAAAGAAAACUAGCCAGUGAUUCCAACCUGGAUAGAUUGCUGUCAGAUCUAGAAGAACUAAAUUCAUCUAUCCAAAAACUACAUUUAGCAGAUGCUCAAGAUAUUCCAAAUGGUACUACAGGCUGAGAAAGAACAUCUUUGUCAAUCUGGAUUCUCCCAGCUUUGCUUUUGUUUUUCCAGACAAUGGAAUCAAGAAGAGUUAUGACUUUGUGUUGUUUUUUAAUUGCACACAACAAAGAAUCAGAGUGCAAAUCCAGGUGUUUAUUUUGCACAUUCCUUUGAGCACUGCAUUGUAUCAGGGCUCAGUACCUAGAGUUGUAGUUAAUUGUGAUGCUGUGCUUUUUAUUAUUGCCUUACUUAACAGAAAAAUUGGAGAAACUUGGAAAUAUACUUCUUCUGCUUAAUGUUCAUAUGGUUGCAAAUGGUACAUGUAUAUAAGUUCAUUGGUGUUUCUCCAGUUUUUAUGGAGGUAGUGAUAAUGUUGCCUUUCUGAUCAUUACAUGGACAAUCUGCUCACUGUAUCUUUAGUGUUUUGCUGAUUGGUGAUGCCACAGAUUAAUUUAUUGUUAAUAAAGUGAAACGUUUUAAAUAUA